AUGGACGAAGAUGAAAUUUUAAUAAUGUAUUUCUUUUUGAAAAGAAGGAAAAUGAAGCAAGCAAUGAAAAGAAAGUACUGGGUACAUCCAAUGUUAAUGAAAAGAAUUCCAUUAGGAUUAUGUCAGAGUUAUAUAGAAGAAUUAAAAAGUGAUGAUGGAAAGUUUUAUGAGUAUUUAAGAAUGACUGUCACCACCUUUGAUAGCCUACUGGUACGACUUGCAGACAAUCUUAGAAGAGAAAACACACAUUUCAGAAAUUGUAUAAGUGCCGAAGAAAGACUAGUGAUAACUUUAAGAUAUUUGGCGUCGGGAUGUUCGUUUAAACAACUGCAUUAUAAUUUUAGAGUGGGAAUGUCAACCAUCAGCAAAAUAAUCAAAGAAACGUGUUCUGUUAUUUGGAGCGUAUUAAGUGCAGAAUAUUUAAAGUUGCCCAAUACCGAAGAAGAAUGGAAAGCGAUCGCUGAAGCUUUUAAAACGAAAGCAAAUUUUCCUCAUUGCCUCGGUGCGCUGGACGGCAAGCACAUAAGGAUUACAAAGCCAAUAAAUAGUGGUUCUAUGUUUUUUAACUAUAAGGAUUAUUUUUCUUUUAUUUUAUUUGCAAUUGUUGAUUCAGAAUACCGUUUCAUUUACGUUAGUAUUGGUUCAUACGGAAAAGAGUGUGAUUCAUCUAUCCUAAAACAAUCCAAUUUUUGGAAGAAACUAAAUGAUGGUACUUUAAAUAUACCAAGACCCACGCCCUUACACGAAAAUAUGCAAGAAGAAAUACCAUAUGUAUUUGUUGGAGACGAAGCCUUUACAUUGUCACAAAAUUUAUUGCGACCUUAUGGCGGUACUCAUUUAGACAAUAAGAAAAAGAUAUUUAAUUACCGUCUAAGCCGCGCGAGAAGAUAUGUUGAAUGCACUUUUGGUAUCUUAUCCAAUAAAUGGAGGAUCUUGCAUAGACCAUUGGAUGUAUGUGCAGAAACAGCUAUUGAAGUUGUAAAGGCUUGUACGGUAUUACAUAAUUUUUUAAUAAGAAAAGACGCUAUAUACUUGGAGAAUACCCCAACCGUUAUGCCCCUGGUAAACAUGCCUGCAACACAGCUGCGUCCAAACGAAGGUGGUGGAAACGCAGUGCGCUUACAAUUUUCCGACUAUUUUGUAUCUGAAAUAGGCUCCGUACCUUGGCAAAACAUUACAGCACACGUAUCAUAAUAAAUAAAAAGUUUCAGAAACUUA